UUUUAUUUUUUUAUUUUUGUCUAUUGCGUGCAGUAAGAUUAGGUUUGGCUGAGUAAAUUAAGCGUGAAAUCAGCUCGUUUCACUCUUGGCUAAACAUCGGCUUGGUAUGAAACCUGCUAAAAGGCCCAUGAAUAUGUAUGGCUGAAUAUGCGGGGUGUCUGGGUCACGUGACUGGUAUAAAGCUGGCCCCAUGUAUACUAUAUGAACAUAAUACUAUCAAGUGACUGACUAUCUGCCGAUACAUACAAACGCUGACGGGAGUAAUGUUCCGGUGCGAAUUUCAUCCCUUCAUUGAAGAAGAAGCGUCUGCAAGAUAGCUGGUGGAUUUUUUUAAAUAUUUUUUUUUUCACUAUCACGAUGUUUGUGUGCCCAUUCACUUAAAAGAUGGAUUCGCCACUUUUGAUUUUCGUCACGGAUGUAGAAAGAUGUGAUUCCACAGAGCGUGUCUGGUGAGGUGUUCUCCGAGGAGAAAACGUCUAGGAUGGUAAACUUUACGACUUGGAGCUUCUCCGCACUGUCUCUGAUUGUGACCAUCUCCUGUGUUACUAGCACAGUGUCUCCACAGCUGGCGGGCGUGGAUGGAAAGAGUCUUUUCCGUUCCCUGCGAGCAUCGAACUGCCAAAUGGAUUGCUCAACAGCCAAACGGCGGCUGGUGUGCGGGACAGACGGACUCACAUACUCCUCUCCGUGCGAACUCAAAAGAGCAAAGAAAUGCGACGGACGACGGGUCAAAGUGAGAAAGAAAGGUCGUUGUUUGGAUCCAGCAGGGGGCAACAGUUACAAUGUGGGUGGAGGUAAGAAGUGUUUCCUGGAGCGAGAUGAAGCGAACAAGGCGUCGUUACGGCACAAGUCAGAAGUCUUCGUGCCUGUCUGCAAACAUGACGGCACGUUCGCCGAGGUACAGUGCCACGGCACUACAGGCUUCUGCUGGUGCGUCACGAAAGAUGGACGACACAUACCGGCAACCUCAGUGAAGGGGAGACGACCCAGAUGUCGAGGAAAACGUAGAAAACGGAAACAGAGAGGUCGACCACGGAAGAGGAAAGCUUGUUCGCCGGCAGAUCGUCAAGUGUUUAAUUCCAAUCUUGUUGGGGAAUUCACGCAGGAAUAUAACAGAUUACAGAGAGCAGAAGCGCUCAAUUCCCCAGAAUUAAAACAAGAUUCUAGCAAAGACGUUCAGAAGGAACGUAUAAUUGUGGAGUGGAAAUAUACUCAGUUAGAUUAUGAUGGUGAUAACGUGCUACGUUUUAAGGAAAUUCGUGGAUUUCACCGUAUGGUGAAAAAACUAAUUAAACCAAAGGCAUGUGCCAAAAGAUUUCGUCGUUUCUGUGAUAGCAAUAGUAAUAAAAGGAUAGAACCAACGGAAUGGACGUUGUGUCUCGGAAUAGACCAGAAAUUUUCUUUUCGUUUGUUCCUAACUUUAAACUCAGAUGGGCAGACAACGGAGCCGCCACAAGACAAGCACAGACGGGAAGAUGGUAUUCCCUACCUUGCAAAGUGGAAACCUCAACCUCAUUUACCGCGGCUGUCGAGCGCUUCACAGCCAAAACGGAAACAAAAGUCUGACCACUCUAGAAGCUGUAUGGAGGAGCGAGCAGCCGCUAAGGCUAACGCGGACAAGGAGCCCAACGCCAACAUCUACAUCCCCGCGUGCCAGACGAACGGCAUGUGGGACAAGGCGCAGUGCCACAACGUCACCAGGAUCUGUUGGUGUGUGGAGCAGAAGACCGGCAUGCCCAUCCCCGGAACUACGUCAUCGUUCGAGCAGGAACCCAACUGCACCAUCAGUGACGACCGCCAGAUGAAAGGUAGGAUAAAAGGAUGUCCUCUAAGUUUAAAACGUCGUUUCCUGGUCGACCUUAUGAAUGACCUUGCAGAGGAGAUGGCAAAAGCAACGGGGAACACAUCAUUACCAAGAAAAUCAAACGAGAUUAGAGAAAAAGUAGCAGAAUGGAAGCUCUUGUCUCUUGAUAUGAAUGGCAAUGGGGUACUGGACCGAAAGGAAUGGAAAACAUUUAGAAAAACUAAUUUAAAAAAUAAAAGUUAUCCUCGAAAAUGUAGGCGGAACUUUUUACGGUAUUGUGACAGUGAUAACAACAAGAAAGUUACCGUAGCGGAGUGGAGAGAAUGUAUGGGACUGAACCGUAAGGAUAACUAUUAUAAUGUGCUACCAAAUAAUAACAGAAGAGGACGAAAAAAUCCCUUUAUUGAUCAGUUGACAUGAGUGCCUAGAUCGGGGACUGCACGUGCAUUUUGUGUUGCUGCGGAUCGAUAGGACUGGUCCUAAAAGACGGAGGUAGCAAGAAUCCCACACAGUUGACCGAAUCGUUCUGUGUUCUUUUCAACGGUUGGUGUUAUUCGCUGUAAGCGGAGAUGUGAAUUUCCAUGUGCUUUCUAGUUCCAGCCAUAGCAUUAUUGGCAUCCUCGUGUUUCAAAAAUCAUCUGGUUACUCCAAGCACAAUAAUACAGAGCUUUGGAUUCCGUGAAUAAUCAUUAAUUAUUAUUGUGGUCACUGUUGUACAACUAUAUAUGUUGCAAUCAUAGUAUCACUGGUGUAAGGAAAAUCGAUCACUACCGCACUAUCAUCAAAUUACGUGAACUGCCAGUAUUAUUAUCAAAACUCUUUUUUAAAUGAUGUUUUAAAGAUUUUGUCACAAUGAACCUUAGAGAGGAUUACGAAUGUGAUAAUGUUUUUGUCGUUUUUAUUAGUUUACUGCUUCAAAGAGCUUUAUCAGAUUGUACAUUGGGUUCUUUCUUGUGUUUUGGUUCUGUCAGCUUUAAUGAUCCAUUGAUAUCCGACUUGUACACUAUAAUAAUGGUUUUGCCAGAAAUGAGUAGCGCUAUCACUCAUGAUGAGCUAGAAUGAAUAGAGUAAACUACACUAUAAAAGUUUUUAAGCUGGACUUACAGGGUGCUUUACAAGAAAAUGUAUUUAUAUGCAUUACUGCUAUAUCCAAGUGUGCAUGCAAGACAUUUUAAUUACUUACAAACACAAGCAAUGUAUAAGUCUACAAGGACAAUGAGCACACAGUUAUAUUUCCAAAUGUUUAGCAAGAUCAGUCAUUUGUUUACAGGUAGCACUAUACCAAAUAACAUCCAGCUGGGUCAAAGUUGAAAGCGACUCGAAACUUUGAUACAGCAGUUAACACUGCCAGUCCUGCCAUCGGUGAUACAUGUGACAGUGUCUGUUGCCUUGGUUCUUUUUUUUUUAUUAAGGGAGGGCAUGAAUGAAUGCCAUUUAUUUUAUUUGUAAAGUAUCCUUGUGUUUGAAACAUGUUCGUGUAAAACGUAAAGGUACUACAAUUUUGUGUAAAACUAGAGGUGUUAUAAAAAAGAUCCCAUUAUAUCGAAAAUACGCCAUGAUAGGUUCCACUUUUCAGUCAAUAUGAUAUUUUAUGGGAGACAUUGUAGUAUUCAUAUUUAUGGUUGAUAUACUGCAUAUAAUAUUUUUGCUGCAUACGUUAUCGUUGUCGCCUUUGAAAUUGUGUUUGGUAUAGUACAACCUGUAAGACAAGAGUAGGGUUGUAACGAACUCCAGUAACACGCAAAACAAGCGUAACUUUUGUGUACAAGGAGUUGUUUUUUGUGGACAAAUAAUGGAGGGAGAACUGAGACACCCCGUAUAUUUCUAAAGUGGCUACGUCAUUAACAAUGUUAAAAACGUAUGCUUUAAAUUAGGCCCUAUUCUAUAUUAAUUUUCUUCAUAAUAUGUCACUAUGGACUUCGAAUUGUAAACUUGUAAAGAAACUGGCCGUAAUACAUUGCGCGACAGAUUAUCUGUUGAUAAGUGUUUGACAUACGUUAAAAUUAUAUAGUUUACUCCACAGACAGCCAAACCACUCGUUAUUGUUCGCAAAACUGUUUCACUGAAAUCCCAAACCGGUGACCGAGUAUCGAUUAUCAACUAACAUGCAAAAUGAAUAUAAUUAUACAUUCAUUCAAGCAAAUAAAUGUGUUUGUUCAUGCAUGAACAUGUCUGAAUUUAAAUGUUAAUGAGUCAUUAUAUUUAAAAACAAGCAAACAAAACAUAUAUACCAUAGAAAUGGGUGCUAGCUUAUGGCUGGGGUGGUAUCCUAUAGUGGAGUUAUGAAUAUUCAUAAGACUGACAUAUUUGAAAAACGUCGAUCAGGUGUUCUUUGUGGUGCAUGAUUUAUAUUAAGCGUAACAAUACUUAGAUAUAUCCUACGACACUAACGAACGACAUACAAAAAGACAGCACUUAGUUUAAAACAAAUAUAAAUACACCACACAUGGUGUAUACGUGGUGAACAUAGUAACAACAAUGCUAACUGAGUAUGCAGCUACAAUCAACUGAUGGAACAAAAAGGGAAAAAAAUUCACAAUGCCCACAUUAUACACAAGUAUAUAUUUCAUUAAAUUAAAAUUGUUGUUAGGUAUAUUUAUUUUUUGUCUAAUUGUUUGUAUGUCGUUUUCAAGUGUCGUAUAUUAAGAUCAAAUUAAUCAUUACAAAUUAUUUAGAAGAUUUUAAAUAUGAUCAUUAUUUGCUUUAGUCAGAAAAAUAAUAUAAUUUUUUCAAAUGUAUCACAUUUUGUUAAAUGGAUUUGAGUCGGUAUGAUUACAGAUCUUUUGUAGCUUCGAAAAUAUACAACGGCCCAUUGUGUGCACUUGUUAUGGUUAAGUUAUUGUUUAUUCUGCAAAGUAAAUUAGUUUUGAUGUUUAUAUACAUGCAAUGUAUGUUUGUUAAUUACUGAUACUAGUUGCAACGCUGCUGUGUACAUCUCCACGUUUUAAUCAAGCAAUGCUACAAUUUGUUUGUGCAAAGGAAGUCAUAAUGUUUUCAUUUUAACUCGUUCCGUAGAUAUGUUGCAAAAUGUCCUGAGCUAAAUAAACUUUUUUGUCAA